AUAGAGCCUACUGCUGUUCUCAGCAGGCAGUCUCUUAGGUCAGCAUUGGGAGCCUGGGAUUCUCAGGCAUGGUGGGGUGACUGUGGAGUGUAAGAGGCCUGUGUAAAUGCUUGAGGGACCUAGGCGACACUAAAGGGACUUAGGGACCCCACAGGCCAAGCACCUUGCUCUGUGGGCUUUGUAGGCUGACCUUCCUGGAGAAUCAUGUGUUGUUUUUCAUUUUGCCCAUUUCUAUGAUAUAACUCUAACCGUGGGGUUUAGGCUGGCCUUGAACUCUUGUCUCAGGCUGGCCUCAUGGCUAGCUUCAGGGCACCCCCACCCCAAUGGCCUUUUUGUCAGCUCCCUGCAAACAAAACCCUGGCUAGUAAUGCAGCCUGCACCUCCACAGCAGGCCACCCCAUCUCCCCAGAACAUGGUCCUGACUGCUCACCCUGAGAUUCAUGCCCCAUCCUAGGCUGUGUGCCGUGGAAUUGGAGAUCCCGUGCUUCUAAGCCCAUGUUUCACAGUGGGAAGGAAGCUUGAACCCCUGAGACUUAUUCCUGCUGUCAUGGUUCUGGCUGGACUUCUCGAAGCUGAGGAUAAGCAGAGGGACCUGGCUUCUGAUUUUAGAUCUGCGUGCUUGCUGGUUCUGGGGCCUGCUGGUCUUGUUCCUGUAACCUAGGACUCGGGGUUUGAACGUGCUUUUCUUUUGAAGUUGCUGGAGAGGGAGCCCAGGACCUUGUGCCAGUGAGCCAGGCACCUUUUGUGUCCCCAAUGGGGCGGCUUUGCAACAAGUUCCUGACCUCUGUGGGCUGUCUGAUUUUGCUGUUGGUGACUGGAUCUGGGAGCAUCAAGGUCCUGGGUGAGCCCACCUGCUUCUCUGACUACAUCCGCACUUCCACGUGUGAGUGGUUCCUGGAUAGCACUGUGGACUGCAGUUCUCAGCUCCGCCUGCACUACAGGCUGAUGAACUUCGAGUUCUCUGAAAACCUCACAUGCAUCCCGAGGAACAGCGCCAGCACCGUGUGUGUGUGCCACAUGGAAAUGAAUAGGCCGGUCCGAUCAGACAGAUACCAGAUGGAACUGUGGGCUGAGCACAGACAGCUGUGGCAGGGCUCCUUCAGUCCCAGUGGUAAUGUGAAGCCCCUAGCUCCAGACAACCUCACACUCCACACCAAUGUGUCCGACGAAUGGCUGCUGACCUGGAAUAACCUGUACCCAUCGAACUACUUAGUGUUCAAAGACAUCAUCUCCAUGGUCAACAUCUCCAGAGAGGACAACCCUGCAGAAUUCAUAGUCUAUAAUGUGACCUACAAGGAACCCAGGCUGAGCUUCCCGAUCAACAUCCUGACGUCAGGAGUCUACUAUACGGCGCGUGUGAGGGUCAGAUUCCAGAAACUCACUGGCACUUGGAGUGAGUGGAGUCCUAGCAUCACGUGGUACAACCACUUCCAGCUGCCCCUGAUACAGCGCCUCCCACUGGGGGUCACCAUCUCCUGCCUCUGCAUCCCGUUGUUUUGCCUGUUCUGUUACUUCAGCGUUACCAAGAUUAAGAAGGUAUGGUGGGACCAGAUUCCCACCCCAGCACGCAGUCCCUUGGUGGCCAUCAUCAUUCAGGAUGCACAGGUGCCCCUCUGGGAUAAGCAGACCCGAAGCCAGGAGUCAACCAAGUACCCGCACUGGAAAACUUGUCUAGACAAGCUGCUGCCCUGCUUGCUGAAGCACAGAGUCAAGAAGAAGGCAGAAUUCCCGAAGGCUGCCCCAACCAAGUCUCUCCAGAGUCCUGGAAAGGCAGGCUGGUGUCCCAUGGAGGUCAGCAGGACCGUCCUCUGGCCAGAGAAUGUUAGUGUCAGUGCGGUGCACUGUAUGGAGUUGUUUGAGGCCCCAGUACAGAGUGUGGAGGAGGAAGAAUGUGAGACGGUCAAAGAGGACCUGAGCACGUCACCUGAGAACAGCGGAGGCUGCGGCUUCCAGGAGAGCCAGGCAGACAUCAUGGCUCGGCUCACUGAGAACCUGUUUUCUGACUUGUUGGAGGCUGAGAAUGGGGGCCUUGGCCAGUCAGCCUUGGCGGAGUCAUGCUCCCCUCUGCCUUCAGGAUGUGGGCAGGCUUCUGUGUCCUGGGCCUGCUUCCCCAUGGGGCCCAGUGAGGAGGCCACAUGCCAGGUCACAGAGCAGCCUUCACACCCAGGCCCUCUUUCAGGCAGCCCAGCCCAGAGUGCACCUACUCUGGCUUGCACGCAGGUCCCACUUGUCCUUGCAGACAAUCCUGCCUACCGGAGUUUUAGUGACUGCUGUAGCCCGGCCCCAAAUCCUGGAGAGCUGGCUCCAGAGCAGCAGCAGGCUGAUCAUCUGGAAGAAGAGGACCCUCCAAGCCCGGCUGACCCCCAUUCUUCAGGGCCACCAAUGCAGCCAGUGGAGAGCUGGGAGCAGAUCCUUCACAUGAGUGUCCUGCAGCAUGGGGCAGCUGCUGGCUCCACCCCAGCCCCUGCCAGUGGCUACCGGGAGUUUGUGCAGGCAGUGAAGCAGGGUGCCGCCCAGGAUCCUGGGGUGCCUGGUAUCAGGCCUUCUGGAGACCCCGGUUACAAGGCCUUCUCGAGCCUGCUCAGCAGCAAUGGCAUCCACACGGACACAGCAGCAGCGGGGACUGACGGUGGGCAUGGAGGCUACAAGCCCUUCAAGAAUCCUGUUCCUAACCAGUCCCCUAGCUCCGUGCCCUUAUUUACUUUCGGACUAGACACGGAGCUGUCACCCAGUCCUCUGAACUCAGACCCACCCAAAAGCCCUCCAGAAUGCCUUGGCCUAGAGCUGGGGCUCAAAGGAGGUGACUGGCUGAAGGCCCCUCCUCCUGCAGAUCAGGUGCCCAAGCCCUUUGGGGAUGACCUGGGCUUUGGUAUUGUGUACUCGUCCCUCACCUGCCACUUGUGUGGCCACCUGAAGCAACACCACAGCCAGGAGGAAGGUGGCCAGAGUCCCAUCGUUGCUAGCCCUGGCUGUGGCUGCUGCUACGAUGACAGAUCACCAUCCCUGGGGAGCCUCUCGGGGGCCUUGGAAAGCUGUCCUGAGGGAAUGCCACCAGAAGCCAACCUCAUGUCAGCACCCAAGACACCCUCAAACUUGUCAGGGGAGGGCAAGGGCCCUGGUCACUCUCUUGUUCCCAGCCAGACGACCGAGGUGCCUGUGGGCACCCUGGGCAUUGCUGUUUCUUAGGUGAGUGAGUGUGCUGUUGUUGCCGAGGUCUGUGCUGAGGCCAGGGUUCCUCCAAGCCAGGGAAGUACUUCCUGGGAGACAGCCCAGCUGGCAGGUUUCCCAGAAAUCCAGAGAAUGGUGAAUUGAAGAUGUAAACUUGGCCUGACCCUGGACACUCGGAGCCUGGCUGUCUCCUCUUCCACUGGCCUGGGCUCUCCUCCCUCCCAAGGGAUGCAGGGGCUCACUGUGCUUGGUCCCACAGCAGUGCUGACAUUCCUAAGUCCUGGGCUUUCCUAGCUGAUGUUGUCCUACCUACUCAGUCCCAUUUUGUCCCCCGAAUAGACCUGUCACUCAAGGCUCUCAGCGGUCCUGCCAUAGCUGCUGGAUGCUCCCAGCUGGAAGCUGGGCCUAGAAACUCACAGAUGGCCUGGCAGUGGCAUGGGAGGCCCUAAAAAUUAGUGGAAAUUUUGAGAGAGGGCAGGUAUUGCCCCACAGAGGCCAUUCAUUGAACAGCCAGGACUGGGACUAAAGGCAGAGCCUGCUGUCCUCCGCUCAGUUGUAGAAAGCAACAAGGACACAAACUUGAUUGCCCAAAGUCACUGCCAGUUACCCACAUAUGACCAGAAGCCAGGACUCCUGGGAUGUGGAAGAUAAACAAACACAGCUGCCGGGUGGCAGGGCCCAACGGGCACGAUAACUGGCAGUCAAGGCGAUACCACGAGGGAACUGUGGGGCUGGUUCCGGUUGGUGGUCAGGUGGUAGGGAUGGCAGAUGGCAGGCUUCGGUCUGACCGUGUUCUGGAAGAUGGGACCGGGCUCAGCACUGUCUGCUCACGUCCCCACUGUUGUGACACCUAGUCAGGAGGACAGGACAGGUCACAUGGAGCUUUAUGUCAAUAAAGAGUCUUUAUCUUG